ACUUUCCCGUUCCUGCAGUUGUUCUGUCAGCGGAACCGUUUCUGCUGAAUUGCACCUGAACGGGUUUAAAACCCUAAAAACACCCAGAGAUGAGCGCGCGGAUUAUGAUCGCGGCUAAAUGCCCGACAGACGAACUCUCGCUGACCAACUGUGCCGUCAUCAACGAGAAGGAGCAGCAGCUGGAACAACAUGUGACUGUGCGGAACGGGGGCCACAAGUUUGUGUUCACCUUGAAGACACAUCCCAGCGUCAACUCCGGGUCCAUCGCCUUCAGCCUGCCGCAGAGAAAGUGGGCUGGUCUUUCCAUCGGACAGGAAGUUGAAGUAACAAACUACAAGUACGACAAGUCCAAACAGUGUAUCAGCACCAUGACGGUGGAGAUCGACUUCCUGCAGAAGAAGAGCGUGGACAGCAACCCUUACAACUCCGACCUCAUGGCCGGGGAGUUCCUCCAGCACUUCAAUAACCAGGCCUUCAGCGUUGGACAGCAGUUUGGGUUCAGUUUCAACGAUAAGCUGUUUGGCUUGCUGAUCAAAGACAUCGAGGCCAUGGAUCCGAGCAUCCUCAGGGGAGAAAACAACUCUGGCAAAAAACCAAAGAUUGCGAUCGGUCUGCUGACGGGGAACAGUCAGGUGAUUUUUGAGAAGUCAGAGACCUCAUCUAUGACCCUCAUUGGGAAAUCCAAGACCCGAGAGUCUCGCCAGUCCAUCAUCAGCCCCGACUGGAACUUCGAGCGGAUGGGUAUCGGCGGCCUUGACAAAGAGUUUUCUGACAUCUUCCGUCGAGCCUUCGCCUCCAGAGUGUUUCCUCCAGACAUCGUGGAGCAGAUGGGCUGUAAGCAUGUGAAGGGAAUCCUGCUGUACGGACCCCCAGGCUGCGGUAAAACCCUGAUGGCACGACAGAUCGGCAAGAUGCUCAAGGCCCGCGAGCCAAAGAUCGUCAACGGUCCCGAGAUCCUCAACAAGUACGUGGGAGAGUCUGAGGCCAACGUCAGGAAGCUGUUUGCGGACGCAGAGGACGAGCAGAAGAGGCUCGGUGCGAACAGCGGCCUCCACAUCAUCAUAUUCGAUGAGAUCGACGCGAUCUGUAAACAGCGUGGCAGCAUGGCGGGCAGCACCGGCGUCCACGACACCGUUGUCAACCAGCUGCUGUCCAAGAUCGACGGAGUGGAGCAGCUCAACAACAUCCUGGUCAUAGGUAUGACCAACAGGCCCGACCUGAUUGAUGAGGCCUUGUUGAGACCGGGAAGACUGGAGGUGAAGAUGGAGAUAGGGUUGCCAGAUGAAAAGGGAAGAGUUCAGAUCCUCCACAUCCACACAGCUCAGAUGCGUCAGUACGAGCUGCUGUCCUCUGACGUGAACAUCAAGGAGCUCGCUGCUGAGACGAAGAACUUCAGCGGUGCCGAGCUGGAGGGUUUGGUCAGAGCUGCACAGUCCACCGCCAUGAACAGACACAUCAAGGCCAGCAACACGGUGGAGGUGAACAUCGAGACGGCAGAGAAGCUGCUGGUCGGCAGACUCGACUUCAUGGCCUCGCUGAAUAACGACAUCAAACCUGCGUUCGGUACCAACCAGGAAGACUACGCCAGCUACAUCAUGAACGGGAUCAUCCGAUGGGGCGACCCGGUCACCGCCGUCAUGGAGGACGGGGAGCUGCUGGUGCAGCAGACCAAGAACAGCGAACGCACGCCGCUGGUGUCUGUGCUGCUGGAGGGUCCUCCUAACAGCGGGAAGACGGCCCUGGCAGCUAAGAUCUCUGAAGACUCCGAGUUCCCCUUCAUCAAGAUCUGCUCCCCUGACAAGAUGAUCGGACACUCUGAGAUCGCAAAGUGCCAAGCCAUCAAAAAGAUAUUUGAAGAUGCCUACAAGUCCCAGCUGAGCUGUGUGGUUGUGGAUGACAUCGAACGUCUGUUAGAUUACGUCCCUAUCGGCCCUCGCUUCUCCAACCUGGUGUUACAAGCUUUACUGGUGCUGCUGAAGAAACCUCCUCCAAAGGGUCGUAAGCUGCUGAUCAUCGGCACCACGAGUCGCAGAGACGUCCUCCAGGAAAUGGAGAUGUUAGACGCUUUCAGCACCACCAUCCACAUCCCCAACAUCUCGAGAGGAGAGCAUCUGAUCGAGGCUCUGGAGCUGCUGGGCAGUUUUCAGGACGUGGAGCGGGCCAAGAUCGCCAAUGAAGUGAAAGGAAAGAGUCUCUGGAUCGGCAUAAAGAAGCUGCUGAUGCUGAUUGAAAUGGCUGUGCAGGUGGAGCCUGGAUACAGAGUCGGCAAGUUCCUGAGUCUCCUGAAGGAUGAAGGAGGACUGGGUUCUGAUAAGUUUGUGGCAAUCUAGACUCAGCGGAGCCACAUGCUGAGAAACAGGCAUCCUUCAACGCUGCUGAAGAACGGAAGCCUUAAAGAGGCUGGCAGGAGGACGCAAGCGAGAGAUAGUUUCCCCGUCUCUCUCUCACUCUCACUCUCUCGUUGCAUCCUUCCUCUCCAUCCCUGAAGCUCUGUGCGCUCCUCUCUGCACUGCAGCUCUCUCUGCAGCCCGGCAUCCUCCUCCUCCUCCUCCUCCUCUUCCUCUUCAGCACGACGUGUACAAUAAGAGAAAUAAGCCAUGUUUUAUGGCAUCUGUGUAUAUUGCAUUUUUGACGACGAGUGCUGUAUUCUCCCUGUGAUGUAUUAAGCACUCCGUGAGAGUGGAAAGAUGAUGUUGCAGGUAAAUGAGCAUGCACAAACACUAAUCCUAACACUGUUUGUUCCUAUAGGCCUUAUUCAAAAGCACACGUUUGUAAUCUGAUCAUUCCAGGACGAGAUCUCACUUUGUUCAUGUCGUUAACUCACUUGUGUCUUACUUUUUAUUUGAUGAAUAAAUGAAUCCAAUAAACUCUGAAGCAAAAUUAACCUUUGACUAAUGAAGUUGCCUCACAUUGGAGGGGUUCAUGCUGCUUUAAAGAAGCGUUACAUGCAGUUUGUGUUGUACAGAUUAACACUCAGAGGAUGUGUCGCUCUUAAGUUACUGAUUCAGCUCAGAUGUUGUCUCAUUUGCCAAAAAACAGUCCACAGUCCAAUAUAAACAAAAAACUCCUCCUCUGUUUUGUCUUCAGUUUUUUUUAGUCCUCUAAUUUAAGCAUGUUGAAACCAUAAGAGAUUGUCUUUAUAAUCAUGAUCUGGCAUCAUUAUCUCCUCAUUAAGAGAGAUGUUGCAUCUCAUCGUGAGCAGAACGUACUCCCACAUUAGCGGUUAACCUCCAAGCUGUCGCAAUCAUCGAAGCAGCUUAACAAGAAAACACAGUCAGCUCUUUAACAAACAGCUACUGCAGCAUGUCUGUCUGCCGCAGGCUGCCAGAAGAAUCCACACCAGGAGGGGGUUUUUAAUUUUCCCAAUCAUGAUUGUGAAUCCAAAUUAGCGAGAAAUAUUUAUUUCCAGUGUCAGCCAGUCCUGAAUCAAGACCGUGUAACAUUUUGAAAUUCUGUUGCUGCAACUUUUAAUUAAUUUGAAUGCAGCGGAGCGAGAUGAAGCAGAGGGAGGAGGUUAUUACAUGUUUAUCUCUCUGUUUGUUAUAAUGAAGAAUCAUCGAUGUACACCUUCUUGUCAUUUUGCAAGUUUGCAAUAAAAGAAUAAAAAGUGGUCAAACAAAAA